AUGACGUCACGUCGAAGAUAUACUUGUUUGACAUUGGAGGAAGCAACAAAUAUCCUUGAGGAAUUGAUGUUAGAUGAUGAUGGGGAUGAGAUUAUUGAAAAAAUAGUUAUUGAACCUCCGAGCGGUAAAAAUAUUGAAACAGAUGAAGAUUCUGGCGAUGAGGAUGGCAGUGGACGACCAGAUAAUUUGCCUAAAGCACAGUUAACGCAAUCCUGCCAAGUUAUCAUGCGGAAUACUGCUGAGGAAGAUUUCUUGGAUGAAGCGCUAAGGGAUGUCUUGAACUAUUCGUCCCACAAUUUGGAUGUUGAUGUCUUAGAUGCCACUUUACCAACAUUUGAGUCGUCAACUUCCAGUUUGAUUUUGGAAAAAACACCAAGUAAGAUUGUUUGUAAAAACGUAUUACCCUCUGAAACCAAAAACCGGAGUCAACGACCACCAACUUUAAAACCGACUGCUGCUCAGAAAAAAUUGCCAAAGCAAAAGAAAAAGAAGCAAGGACCAACAAAACGAGCUAAACAAAGAAGAGAACCUAUAAUUCAGUGGGUUGAGGAUAAUAACACAAGGUACCAACAAAUUUUUCCAGAGCCAAGCUAUCUUGACUGCGUUAACCUAUCGCCCCAUGAGCAAUUUGAAAAAUUUUUUGACGACGAAUUGAUUGAAAUGCUUUGUACGGAAAGCAAUAGCUAUGCCGUAUAUUGUGGUCAGGUGAACCCACAAAUAACAACACAAGAAAUGCGUGUUUUCAUUGGAAUACUUAUAGUCACUGGUUACUCCUUUCUUCCUGUAAGAAGAGGGUAUUGGUCAAAUGAAACAGAUUUUCUGAAUGUGAUGAUUAGCGAUGCUAUGCGCAGAAACCGUUUUGAUACAAUUUUCCGCAGCAUACAUUUCAUAGAUAAUGCAAAGCAGCAGAUAAAUGAUAAAAUAUGGAAGCUACGACCAUAUACUGAUGCCUUGAAACAGCGUUUCCAGAAGCACUUUCAUCCCGAGAGGAACCUGUCGUACGAUGAAUCGAUGAUAGAGUAUUAUGGGCGUCAUGGUUGUAAACAAUUCAUAAGAGGCAAACCAUUAAGAUUCGGUUACAAAAUGUGGAGUUUGAAUACCCCUCUUGGAUAUUUAAUAAAUUUUGAAAUGUAUCAGGGAACAAAUCCUCGUAUGAAAACAGAAUAUCAUAAAUAUGGCAAAAACAUAACGCCGUUGUUUUGCAUGUUGGAUGAAUUUGAUGAAACCAUCAAACAUCUAGAGUUUUCCCUCCACUUCGACAAUUUAUUCACUACUACCUCGGCGCUAGUUGGACUGAAAGAACGGGGUUACCAAGGAACAGGCACCAUUCGAGAAAAUAUGAUUCCAAAAUCAUGCCCUCUAAAUUCAAGAGAGGAAUUGAAAAAACGCGAGCGGGGCCAUGUGGAAAGUGCAAUAAUGAAAGAUACAGGCAUAAAAGUGACCAAAUGGGUUGACAAUGCAGUCAAGCUUUGUAAGGUAUCAAAAGAGGAUCUCGCUUCCUUAACUCACACCUCUGCCAAAGGUCCCGAUGUAUCGUCCUCAUCUUCAUCGUUACUUUGCGUAUCUGUCGCAGAUAAAAUUUCGCCAUCGGUUAGUGAACCUGAGACAGCAACAUUUUCAUCUACUUGA